AUGUUAUCGGAUGAACAGCAUGGCUUUCUAAGAGGAAAAUCAUGUGUUGGCCAACUGCUUUCCGUUCUUGAUCGCAUCGGCAAAAACCUUGACAUGGGAUUGCAAACCGAUAUCUUGUAUCUGGAUAUUGCCAAAGCGUUUGACACCGUCGACCACAAACUACUUCUUCAGAAACUCAUUCAUUUCGGUGUCGCGGACAAAGUUUUAAACUGGUUUUCUAACUACCUUUCAGAGCGACAACAGCGUGUGUUAGUUCACGGUGCAACAUCAGAUUCCCUCCCAGUUACGUCUGGCGUCCCUCAAGGGUCGAUCCUUGGUCCAUUGUUAUUCUUAAUCUACGUCAAUGAUCUUCCUUCGUCAGUGUCUUCACCAUCUGUAAACGUUUCUCUAUUUGCUGACGACACAAAAUGCUUUUCAACCAUUGAGUCCCUAAGCGAUGCAAGAAACCUAAACACGGAAUUUAAAAAU